AUGGCGGCGGCGGGCGGCGGCGGGCCGCUGGCGCUGCUGCUGCUGGCGGCGGCGGCCGCGGCGGCGCGGCUGUACCGCGCCGGGGAGGACCCGCUGAGCGUGCUGGCGGCGGGCACGGUGCGGCAGGCGCUGCUCAACUCCUCGGCCGCCUGGAUGGUGCAGUUCUACAGCUCGUCGUGCGGCCACUGCGUCGCCUUUGCCCCUACCUGGCGGGCCCUGGCGGGCGACGUCAAAGAUUGGGAAUCUGCAAUCAGAAUUGGUGUACUGGAUUGUGGGGAAGAAGAGAACUAUGAGACAUGUAAAGAAUAUGGUAUUCACUAUUAUCCAACUUUUAGGUACUUCAAAGCAUUUACAAAGCAGUUUACAACUGGAGAAAAUUAUAAAGGAGCAGAUCGUGAGCUGCAAACAGUUCGCCAGAUGAUGAUUGACUUCUUACAGAACCAUUCUCAAGAGUUGAGACCACCUGCUUGCCCACCUUUGGAUCCAGUUUCGUCCAGAGAUAUUACUUCUCUUCUUGACAAGAGUAGCCCUCAUUAUACUGCCAUUGUGUUUGAAAGUAAUAACUCCUAUGUUGGACGAGAGGUUAUCUUAGACUUGAUUCAAUAUGAAAACAUUGUGGUAAAGAGAGCAUUGAAUUUUGAUAAGCCUUUUCUAGAGAAGCUUGGUAUUACCUCUGUCCCUUCAUGCUAUCUGUUGCAUCCAAAUGGAUCCCAUGGAUUAAUUAAUAAUUUGAAGCCUCUACGAUCUUUCUUUUCUUCAUAUUUAAAGUCACUGCCAGAUGUAAGAAAAAAGCUUCUUUUGCCACUUCAGCUACCUAUAAAGGAAAACAAAGAGGAGAGCACAGAAAUCAAGGUGUGGAAAGAGUUUGAUAAAUCUAAGCUGUACAUGGCUGACCUUGAAUCAGGAUUGCAUUACCUGCUCAGAGUAGAGCUCGCUACGCACAAGAUACUUGAAGGAGCAGAGCUAAAGACCUUCAAGGAUUUUGUUACCGUCUCUGCCAAACUUUUUCCUGGCCGUCAGCCUGUGGUAAAGUUGUUAGAGACCUUGCAAGAGUGGCUGGUGAGCCUUCCAUUAGACAAAAUCCCUUAUGAUGCUAUCCUAGAUCUGGUCAACAACAAAAUGCGGAUUUCUGGGAUAUUUCUCACUAAGCGAAUUCAGUGGGUUGGAUGUCAGGGCAGCAGACCAGAACUGCGAGGUUAUACCUGCUCCCUUUGGAAGCUGUUUCAUACCUUAACUGUUCAAGCUGCACUGCAACCAAAAGCAUUGAUAAAUACAGGUCUCGAAGACAAUCCACAAAUAGUACUUCAGAUCAUGCGGAGAUACAUACAUCACUUUUUUGGAUGCAAGGCUUGCGCUCAGCACUUUGAAGAAAUGGCUAAAGAAUCCAUGGAUUCUGUUAAGACUCUAGACAAGGCUGUUCUCUGGCUCUGGGAGAAACACAAUGUAGUGAAUAAUAGACUUGCAGGUGAUCUGAGUGAAGAUCCAAAAUUUCCCAAAGUUCAGUGGCCAACUCCAGACCUUUGUCCUGCAUGUCAUGAAGAAAUUAAAGGAUUACACAGCUGGAAUGAAGACCAGGUUCUACAGUUCAUGAAGUAUCACUAUAAUAAUGAAAAUAUUUUAUAUAAAUACACUGAAGGCCAGACUGACUCCAAUGAAGUUGAUCAUGGAGAUACAAGGGAGACAAAAGACAAAAGCCCACCAAAGAAGCCAAGUGGAAACAGAGAAAAUAAGAUCCUGGACCAAGAAAACGUACUAGAUUCAGAAUCUAAGGUGUUAGAUAAGCUAAUAGCAAAUCAUUCACCAGUGAAAGAUAGAGGUAAAAGUGCAGUUGAAUCAGCUGAUCAUAAAGAGACCAAGCAGUCUGUAUCUUUCUUAGGGAUUGGAUUUUCAAACAUAGACAUGAGCCUGUGUGUCGUACUUUAUGUAGCAUCAUCCUUAUUUUUAAUGAUAAUGUACUUUUUUUUCAGAAUGAGAUCCAAACGGUGGAAAGUGAAGUAUUAUCGCUCAUCUGUAUAGAACUUUAAAUCAGAAACAAAGUUUUCAUUGUAAGUGGCUGUUCAGUUCCAGCUGCAGCUUUAAUAUUUAUGAUCAGGGAUUUUAUAUACAGUAUUCCUUGUUUCAAAACCCUUUCUUCCCAAUUCAUUUCACAAAUGUUCUAGCUCAAUACACAGCUUGCUGUGAGAACCCUAAUAUUUGACUGUCACAGGCACGUAGCAGUAUUGUAAAAUGUCUGCUCAAGGAAGCAUUGCAUUUUCCAGUUAAGUUUUUCCAUGACUUACCACCUACAUCCUUUACUCAUUUGUGAAGUAAACAUUACAUUAUGCAGUUAACUAUGCCUGGUUUUGGAGAGAAAUUGGAUACUGUUUUGUGUACUUGAAGACUUUUUUUUUUAAUUUAUCCAGAGCUGAUUUUACCUACAAGAUUACUGAACAGAUACACUGUUACCUUAGGUUUACCAUUUGGAGAAGCAAGAGUUUUAAAGAGACAAGUUCCAUAUCCAUUUUAAACGUCUGUUUCCAUUACAUAUUUAAAGUAGAAAGUGUUAAGUGUUCAAACAAGUCUUCCAUUCUCUUAUGUAUUCCAGCCAAGCAUGUAUAUGUCUCUGGUAGGAUGAGAGGUCUGGGGCAGUUAGUGCAUCUAUAAGCAGCCUGAUUCUGAUUUUGCUGAUACUACCAUUCAUUUUAAUGGAGUUUAGAUGUAAGCGAGAACCGAAUCAGAUCUACUGUUUUUCUUGCUCUGGUGUUGAAUGCAUUAAUGGAGCAUUAGAUAACUCACCUGGAUAUUCUAACUUAUGAUUCAGAAAAGUAGUUAAGUAAUUAUUGUUAUGUCAUUCAGGGGGAAGCCAAUUCUGAUGAACUCCUGUAAAAGGAAACACAAUUUUUAAUACAGGAAAAUGGGACUCCAGCAGCAUCAGCAUACCAAAACAAAUUUACAGAUUUAUACAGUGUCACAAGAAACUUAGUAUAUCCAGAUCUAUUACACUGAAAUCAUUUAUUCUUCCGUUGAGGCAGUGUAAGAACUUCCUAUUGGUAUUGCUAGUUCUGAGGUCACAAGGAAUAUUGCCUGCUAGCUGCAAGGCUUCCUGUACAGUACUUAAAAAAAAAAAACAACCCCCCCCCUCCAUUACCUUGUCCUUCUACUGGAGUGCUCCACUGUCUGAGUCAAAAAGAAAUUACCUGUAGUCCAAGAGCUUUUCCAUUCUGGGAUGUAGUAGCAAUUGGGAAUAUGGCAGUUGCAUUUACAUAUCCAUCAGUCUGUCCAGGAUCUUGGCUGACAGCAGUCAGAAGAAAACAUGGAAGCAGUUAUAAAUUACCAUUUGGAAUAGGAGUUCCUUUUUUAUACUAGCUGUGAGGGAUAAUUCACGUCCUGGAUAGUGAAGUUUAUAAUCCUAUCCAUUGAAAUUGAGCAUGUUCUAGUUAUCCAUUACCUAAUCUUUAGUUAAUCCUAAUAGGUUUUGGCCUCAAUGUUUUCUUGUGGCAAUGAGUUCUACAGAUUAAUUAUGUUAUAUAAAAAGGCUUUUCCUUUCAAUUUUACAUUUGUAAGUCUUAAUUUAAUUCAAUGUUCCCUAGCUCUUCUGUUAUGUGAGAAGGACUAAAUACUCACUGGCCAAUUCAUUCUUAUAUUGUAUCAUUCUUCAUUAUACUGUUAGUGUGUCUUUUUACUUCCAUCAUCAGCCCUCAUAUGAAAAGUUGGAAGCUCUGCAAUAGGAAUGGGCUACGAUUUAGCACAAAAACUCAGCAGUGAUGGUUUUUCAUAAAUAGAUUUUAUUCAUUGAGAAAUGUAAGGCAAAAAAAAUCCAGUUUUGCAUAAUUUUCAACUGGAAUAACAAAAUUGAGCCAAUGGUUACUGUCUCUUGUUACUUUAAGUAUCAAAAUAGCUUACAAGUUCACAUAAACUAAUAAUCCUUGUAGUGAAAAACGUGUCAGAGGAAAAACUUCCAUUCACUUGACACUGAUAAUAUGACAUAGGUACAGAAGCACAUUAAAGAUGAUUUAAGAGAAUUGGAAAUACAGUUUAUUGUAUGGAAUCAAUGGCCUUUGCAGCAAUGUGAGAAAAUGCGCUCCACUUCCUGCCGUAAAGCUAGAGGCCGGCACCUUCCUAUCGCUGCCUACGUCUUCCACACAGGGAGUCGCCUUUUGCUAAGGGCCUAGCAUGAAAACUGCGUGUGCUCAAUGUUGUCGUGACAUCAAGUCAGUCUGUGUUUCCUAAUGACCUAAACCCUCGUUGUUUAAGAGGCGUGACACAACGAGCCAUCGUCUCAUUUCGGAAUUUAUCAGAAUCCCUGUAAUGGUCUUUAUGGGAUCUGGGCUUGAAUGUUAAAACUGCUUGUAAGCAACAACAGAAAGAGUGAAAUAGCAGUAGUGGUUAGUCCAGACUGGCUCUUCAGUGCCCCUGUGUGCCGGAGAGACCCCAGGGGUAAGUUAGUUAAGAGAUCAGCCCAGAGAUUUCAGUUUUCAGUUUGAAAAUUGGCCAACCUUUAAGUGACCGAACUGGGAGGAAUGGGGUUUGAUAUCAGCCAAAAAUUGAAGACAUUUAGUGCCCCUUAAAUAAAUAAAUAAAUAAAUUGGGCAACAGAUACUGAAUCUGGAAAAUUUGUCCAGCCUAUGUAGGACUGAAUUUCCUGCUAGCAGUAACCUUGUAAUGCAUAUGAAAAUAUGUAAUUACUGCUGUUGUUUUGAGCUUUACUGAAUAGUUAGACAUGAGUUUAAUUGUCCCUCAUUCAACUUAUUUUCAUCUGCAUAUUAAAAGGCUUUGCAGGUUUGUAGGAAUUAUUUUGACGUUAAAACAGCAGCUUAAGUGUUUGGGAAUAUGUUAACUCUUCUGCUACAUACUGUUAACUUCAUCUUGCCUUGACCCUGUUUGAAAUGUGGCACAAUGAACAGAUAUAGAGACUUCCAGUGUUUUUUUGUUUGUUUCAUGAGAGUGUUAAAAGCGUGAAAGUAGAACUUCAAUUUUGUGUGUUGGUGCUGUAACUCGGUGUUGCCAGCUAAUUGACACAAGGCUUUCAUUUCAAGUGCUAGUAGUGACCUCAUCUGGAAGAGUGUCUUUGUCUUUGAGUUCAGUUAUGUAAAUCUUGGUUUAUUUGUUCUUAUUUUGUAUCUUUAUAGUGACAAAUUAUAUCCUUUUACAUAUUCUGAAUGUAAGGGUGUAUUAAGUCCACCGUGGAAUGGGGGAUGCUGCUUUGCUAUGGUGUAUUAUAGGUAGGUGAGUCACAACAAAGUGUUUCCUUUUUAAAAAUGCUUCAAACCACCAUCUCUUCAGUCCCAAAACUUUCAUUUGUGUAUUGUGUUAUAUCAUAAAAGUUUUUGUAAACAUUUAUGGAUCAUACAAAAACUCCUGAGAAUCACUGUUCAAGAAGGAUUUCUGGCCCUUUGUAAUUCAUGGAGCCUUCUUUGCUAUUCAGAUGUUUUUAAAGAGGAAAUACUAAACCUGCAGAGAAAUAGAGUUCUGUGGAAUAUGCUAGGUCAGAGAAAGAAAAGCUGCAAGUGCUGAAGAAAGCUAAUGAAAUUUAAAAUUACAGUUCUAGAGAAUAAUUUCAAACAGUGUAUGCAUCCUGCUAUUCUUGCUCAGAACUGGAUGUGAACUACCUUUUUUUUACAAAAGGUUCAAAAUGUAUUUACUAGGUCUGUAUUACACAUGAGGUGUUAAAAAUGGUGAAUAUAACGGUUCAAUAAUUUAAAUGUUUUAUUUAUUUUAAUUCAAUAAUUUGACAUUUUCAUGUCUUUGUUUUUUUUAACUCAGUCUCAUACCUCUCUCUGGGAAGGAAAAAGUGACCAUUUUGUACCAAACUGUAAGCUAAUGUGCUUGUUAAAAAUAAAUUGCAAACAUUUGGGCAAAAUAGUGCUUUUUUUCCAUCUGUAUUGAAGAUCUUUUUAGCUAAACUAUAUGGCAAGGAUAGCAUGUAUGCAGGUCAAUUUCAAACCAUAUAGAUAAUUUUGUGUAGGAUCUUAAAAUAAUUUUUAAAAGUACCAGGAACAUGUAAACUUGUACUCCAUUUCUUUCACUGUUCCCUGUAACUUUAUAAAACAUUCCUGUGAAGACACAUUGCUGAAUACAGGAGUGCUGGGAAAAGUUAA